CUGCCGAUUUGCUGAUGUCAGGGCUUCAGUGCAGCAUUUGGUGGUGCAGGGUGUAAGCGGUACGGUCUGCCUCGGCGUUCAUUGGAAAGGGUCACACAUGCAACCAAGACAAGAAAGAUGCUUUCAAUUUGUAGCAAAUGGACAUUGUAUUAUUUGGCAUUCCUUUUUCUGUCUUCACCGGUUUAUCUGAAAAAGGCUUACAGAUGUCCUUCAACAUGCAGCUGUUCCAAGGAGUCCAUCAUAUGCGUCGGCUCUUCCUAUGUGUCCAGGAUGAUACCGAACGACAUAAGUUCACUGAGCAUUGUCAACGCGACGUUCUCCGAUGUCAAGGAGGCUAUGUUCGCCCACAUGCCUUCACUCCAACUUCUGCUUCUUAAUUCAAAUUCUCUGACAACAAUAAGAGAUGAUGCGUUCUCUGGCCUGUCCCACCUGGAAUACCUGUUCAUUGAGAGCAACAAGAUUGAAACAGCAUCGAAAUAUGCUUUCAGAGGACUCAGAGACUUGACUCACCUGUCUUUGGCGAACAACAACAUCAAAUCCUUACCCAGGGACCUCUUUAUCGACCUGGACUCCUUAAUUGAGUUAGACCUACGGGGUAAUGCCUUUGAGUGUGACUGCAGAGCAAAGUGGCUGAUGACUUGGCUGAAAAGCACCAAUGCUACAGUGUCAGAUGUUGUCUGCUCCGGGCCAGAGGAAAUGAAGGACAAGCGGCUCAACGACAUGGCCAGUCUGCACAACGAGUGCAUCUCAACAGAUUUUAUCCUCCACCAGUCUGUGCCGUCUGAGUCUCUGUCUGUAGACACGUUCUCCUACAAGAACGAUGUCUAUGUUGCCGUGGCAGCUCCCAAUAUCGAGAGCUGUAUGGUACUCCAGUGGGACCACAUUGAAAUGAACUUCAGGACAUAUGACAACAUAACUGGCCAGUCCAUUGUAGGAUGCAAGGCCAUGGUGAUCCAGGACCAGGUGUUUAUUGUUGUUGCCCAGCUCUUUGGUGGAUCCCAUAUCUACAAGUUUGAUGAGGACCAGAGCAGGUUCAGCAAGUUCCAGGACAUAGAAGUCUCCAAGAUCUCCAAGCCCAAUGACAUUGAGGCGUUCCUAAUCGGCACUGACAAUUUCUUCAUCAUUGCCGACAGCUCCAAGGCAGGGCUGUCGACCCUCUACAAAUGGAACAACAAAGGCUUCUACUCCUACCAGUCCCUGCACGAGUGGUUCCGCGACACAGACGCCGAGUUUGUGGACCUGGACGGCAAGGCUCACCUGAUCCUGGCUAGCCGCUCCCAAGUGCCUGUGAUCUACCAGUGGAACCGGAGCAGCCAGAAGUUUAUCCUGCAGGGGGAAAUCCCCAACAUGGAGGAUGUUGUGGCUGUGAAGCACUUCCGUGUGAAGGAGGAGCUCUACUUGGCCAUGACGCGCUACAUCGGCGACUCCAAGGUCCUCCGUUGGAGUGCCAAGCAGUUCUCGGAGAUCCAGGCGCUGCCCUCGCGCGGCGCCAUGAUCCUGCAGCCCUUCGUCUUCAAGGAGCGCCACUACUUGGCCCUGGGCAGCGACUACACCUUCUCCCAGAUCUACCAAUGGGACGCGGAGAAGAAACUCUUUGAGCGCUUCAAAGAGGUUUACAUCCAGGCGCCGCGAUCCUUUACCGUGGUGUCCACCGACCGCAGGGACUUUCUUUUCUCCUCCAGCUUCAAGGGAAACACGCAGAUCUAUGAGCACAUCAUCCUAGAUCUGAGCUUGUGACUUUGCCCGGGGGAGACCCUUGUUUGCAUCCAACGUCUUUCACAGUAAAAGUUGGCAUUUCUGAGGGUAGGGUAGAUAUCUCAUUGGGUAUUAUCUUCAAAUGAUUGAUUUUUAACCUGCUAUUGCACUUGUAUAUAGGGUCAAAUACAUGUAAAUUCCUCCAUUGUUGACUAUUUUAUACUCACAGCUAAUCACAACUGGUGAGUAUAUGUAGAGACCAGACAGACAUUAAGAUUGACACUAGUUUUCCAGCCCGUUUAAGAGCAUAGGGUAUCAAAACAUAUUUGACAGUACCCAUGUAUACCUCAUGUCUUCACUCUUCUUGGUUAGAUGUAAUAUGUUGCCUUAUCAGCGUUGGGUUGGACUAUUGGUUGGCUUGUGGCGCCCUCUUCUGGACGUGUUUGGUGAUGAUCCCCCUCUGCUGUGUACAGUACAUACAGGGAACAGUCUCAGAAGCACAAACCUUUAGGAUCAGUAGUUAUGAAACUUCAAUCUUUAGCUUAGACCAUUCUAGUAAAAGCAAUUACUUCCUUACUUAAAAUGUGUAUUUUGUAACUUAGUUACAAGAUUGUUUAUGAAUUGUAUUGCGAACCAGGGUGUGAGUUAAUGUAAAAUAUUGGAAUUUUUAAUGAAUUUGGAAAGUGAAUUGAACAUAUGUCAAGGGUGCAGAAUAUACAGUGGAUGAAGUUGAUACAUUAUACCUAUAGUAUUUUUACAAAGUUUGGUGUCACGUGUCAGGGAUUCAAGAUCUGUUGAAAUUAACCUUAUAACAAAUUAACUUUCAGGUUACAAUCAUUUUUUAAUAGCAAUAUAAUGUUUGUUGUCUCCAAAAACAUUUUGUUAUAAGGUCUUGAGUUCCUGCAAGGUCGACACAACUGUGUCUGGAUUUCAGCAAAAAGAAGUUUCAGAUGGCAUGCUGUAAUGCUAAUGUAUUUCCAAUUUGUUUUAUUCUGCAUCCUGGAGAAAACUCAUCUUCUUACUCUGUUGUGGAUAUUAAUUCUCUCUGUUUUCCCAAAGUUUACAUCUAAACAGCAACGUGUCUGCUGGAGAAUAAAGCAUUUGGUACAUGCUAAGAUAAUAGAGGACCAACUUUUGGCUCUGUUAUGUGGACCUGGAGUUUCAAACCCUUAGCUUCAGAAGACCUUAGAUGCUCUUGGAUGGUAUGUAUGAAGUCUCUGAUUGCUGGUUAUCACUAGGAUUGAACCUUUUUUAUGCAUCCAUGCAGUCUAAUGUAAAAGAAAGAAAUUGGAAUGUUGCUGCAUCAAUAAUUGUUAAAACAAGUUAUUUCUUUGUUUUAUACAUAUAUUUGAAUGUUGAACUAAUACCAUCAACUGUACAAUAAAGACAGAAAAGCAACUACCUAUUUGUCAUACCACUCAAAUUUUCAUAACUAGUGGCAGUCAACCCUACAAAUAGUACUGCUGCUUGCAAGAGCAUGCUUUUUAAACUGAAUGUUCACCAAACUUAAGCAAUUGCGAAAUUUGUUCCAAGUUCUGGUGCUCAUGUAAAAUAAUCAAAUUACAGCUCACAGUAGAAACAAUAAAAUAUGCAAGUUGUAUGAUAUGCAGGUUGCUUUUUAUCAUGACACAAUGUUUGUUUUAGCAUACUGAAUGUUAAUUUUAUGAUUACUGUUAGGAUAUUAAUGUACUAUUGCUACUGUUGAGCAUUGAAAUAAAUGCACAGCAAUACGUUUCAAAUGAGAAUUGAGGCUCCUUCUCUAUUCAUUU